UGAUUGGAGGAAUGUUGCUGUCAAUCAUAGGACCCGCCCCCUGAGUUCCUGACUCUGUCUGUCAACGUGGAGCUGAGGUCAAGAGAAAUAAAGCAUGGCCACAUUGUUUAGAGGGUAUCGGAAUUUUUAUAAAAGAAGCAGUAAACAUGUGGAGCUCACUUUGGUAUCCUGUAGAUCAAUGGCUUCCAAGACCCCAGUGGGUUUUAUUGGACUGGGUAACAUGGGGACACCUAUGGCUAGAAACUUACUGAGGCAUGGAUAUCCUGUCAUUGCUACUGAUGUCUUCCCAGAGUCUUUCAAGGAGCUUCAGGACUCAGGAGCACAGAUCUUGGAUUGCCCUGCUGAAGUGGCUGAUAAAGCUGACCGCAUCAUCACCAUGCUACCUUCCAGCCCCAACGUCAUUGAGGUUUACACAGGACCCAAUGGCAUACUUAAGAAGGUGAAAAAAGGCACCCUUCUGAUUGACUCCAGCACCAUCGACCCUGCAGUGUCCAGAGAGAUGGCUGCUGCUGCUGAGAAGAUGGGAGCAGUGUUCAUGGAUGCUCCAGUGUCCGGAGGUGUUGGUGCAGCCAGUCUGGCUAAACUCACCUUCAUGGUGGGUGGAGUCGAGGAGGAAUUUAAUGCUGCCCAGGAGCUAUUCACCUCUAUGGGAGCAAAUGUAGUGUACUGCGGCCAAGUGGGAAGUGGACAGGCAGCGAAAAUCUGCAACAACAUGCUGUUAGCAAUUGGCAUGAUUGGCACAGCAGAGACCAUGAACCUUGGAAUUAGACUGGGUUUAGAUCCAAAGCUGCUGGCGAAGAUUCUGAACACGAGUUCAGGACGAUGUUGGUCCAGUGACAAGUAUAACCCCGUCCCAGGUGUCAUGGAAGGAGUGCCCUCAGCUAAUAACUACCAGGGAGGCUUUGGCACAAAGCUAAUGGCUAAAGAUCUUGGUUUUGCUCAGGAUACGGCGACCAGUGCCCAGACCCCAAUUCCUCUUGGUUCUUUGGCACACCAGAUCUACCGUGCGAUGUGUGCUCAUGGCUACUCUAACAAAGACUUUUCCUCCGUCUUCCAGUUUUUACGAGAGGAGGGGGUGCAGUAGGUCCAAUGGAAGUGACUUGCUGGUUUAUUAUUGAUAUGCAUGAGUGUAUAUUUUCAGAGGGAUGUUACAGGUAUGUUGAAGCUAACAAGUGUAACAUUGAGAGUCCGAUGCCUCUCUUAGGUUGUUGCCAGGUUUAGCCGUUUAUAAUUAUGACCGGAUCAAACUGUUACUCAAGCAUUCUUACUUCACACAUGUGCCUGCAAAUGUUUACAGUCAUUCUUUUCCACUUUGAGCCAGUUCUGAGCCAAUAUUGAUUUUAUGUCCUGAUUAGACACUGUUAGAAAUGUUUAUGGAUCCAUAUGACAUACCUCAUCUGUUUCAGUUGUGCUUAAACUGAAUCGAAACUGUGAACAUUUUACAAAGAAGUAGUAGGUCCCUUGUUUUUGUGGAAUAGUUACAUUAAAAGAAUAGUUCACCUAGAAAAAAAAAAUGCUGAAAAUGUACUAUUCCUCAGGCCAUCCAAGAUGCAGAUGAGUUUGUUUUUUCAUAGGAACAGAUUUGGAGAAAUUUAGCUUUACAUAACUUGCUCACCAGUGGAUAUUCUGCAGUGAAUGGGUGCCGUCAGAAUGAGAGUCCAAACACUUGAUUAAAAACAUCAAAGUAAUCCACACAACUUCCAUAACAGUCCAUCAAUUAAUAUCACGUGAAGUGAAAAGCUGUGUUUCAAACAAAUCCAUUAAGAAACAAAUACUGACUCUAGAGAAAUAUGCCCAGAUCAAACACGGUUUACAAAGACAGUUCUAAACGAGUAUAUUGAUGGAUUUUGAUGCAAAAGGACAACACAGGAUUGACUUUUCCACUGAAGGAAGCAUUAUUAUGGAUUAUGGACUUGUAUUUUGGUUUGGAGCAACAGUUUAAAAACUCGAUGGAUUUAUUUAAACAAUGUAUACACAGCUUUUCGCUUCACAAUUUAAUAACUGAUCGGCUGGAGUCGUGUGGAUUAUUUGUGGUUUAUUGCGGUGUUUUUAGAAGCUGUUUGGACUCUGAGCAAGUGAUGUAAUGCUACAUUUUUCCAAAUCUGUUGCAAUAAAAAAAAAAAAAAAAAAAAAAAAACUAAUCUCCAUCUUGGAUAGCCUUAGUGUAAAUUUCCAGCAAAUUUUAUUUUUGGGUGAACUAUUCCAUUAAAACUGACCUCUGUUUUACACCAAAUAGUUUAUACACUGACAUCUCAGUCUUUUUAAGUGUUUUUUUUUUUUUUAUUAUGACCACAAUUUUUCUGAUUAUCCUUUUCUUUUCCACUAAACAAAAGUCGUCCUGGUGUGUAUGUACAUAACGUAUAUUUGUAAUGGUGCUGUAUUGAGAAUGAGCAGUGUUACUUGUCUCUACUUUAUAGAGGUCCUGUUGAGACUCACACUAAGACGAGACUGACGCCAUCUGUGUGCUAGACACACACACUCGCCCAUGGCUCAAGAAUCAUGGUGUGUCUUCUAUACAAAAAUGUUCUUGUUUAUAUUAUGUCCUCAAUAAAAAAAGUUAAUUGAGUUAUAAA